AGCUAAACUGAAAUCAAGGCCUCCUCUUUUUGAUUUCAUUUUUUUAAUGAGUUCAAUUUCAUUAAAGACAAUAAACAUUUGAUAAAAGCUAAAAUAUGAUGCUGGGUUGAGAUAGCCGAUCAGUUUUAAAAAGCAGAAAACCCCUGAAAUGAAAAAUAUCUCAGAAGAUGAAAGUCUGCCCACUAUUUAACAAUGUCUCAAGCUGGAAUAGGGAAAAAAAGUAAGGUGUUAACAUACGUGUUCAAUGGUAAAUGCAUUUGUGUAGGUCGAUGUGCUGACAUGGUAACACGGGGAAUUCUCUUAUAGAGUAACCAGCUGUGUACAAACAUGUAAUAGUAAUUAGAGCCCCGUUACAGGCUGCAGACACACAAGCCUGCUGCUGUUUUCAGUCUCACGUUCCUUUUAGUUGUCAAAGGUUGUGAAAGUUGAGAUGAAUUAGAUGUAAACUUUAAGAAAGCGAUUUGUCUCUGUUAUAGCUGUUACAUGUGAAAAUGUGUCAAAUGUGUGUCCAGUUUUUCAGUAUAUAAAUAAACUCUGUGGUCGGACGACAGAGCGGAAACAACGGGCAUCGUCAUACAGCUCUGAAAUGACUGAAGAGUAAUCUUAGUUCUCAUGGAAAAUAGUAUUCGUUAACACCCACUACUUCCUUCAGCCUGACCAGUAACAGUCCUGUUUGAUGUCCUCUUUUCAAAGUCGCCUGCGAGAGUUCAACGUUGGUACAUUUCUUUUAUGAAGUAGUUUCAGGAGUGAGGAAUUAAUUUAGGUUUAGAUAAGUUCUGAAUCACUAAUACUCAGACUUUCAUCACUGCUGUGAUUUUUGUGUGAUUUGAAAAACACGCCCUUCUUUUAAUCUUCUUUGAUUUAAUGGAUCUGCGGUUGGUUCUGACAAGUUGGAGGCGUCAGGGAGGAUUCAGGCUCCUCAAAUGUCUGAGUGGGCUCCCCAUCAUGGCCCUUCGCCUCAUCCUGUGAGGACACAGCUCAGUUAUCGAAGAACCAACAGCCAGCUGGACUACGAGCAGGACUGAAGAAUAAUGAUGCUUGUGGUGCCUUUGAUUGUUGGGUCGUCCAGGAACUGCACUGAGCGCCAAAAGAAAGUACUCUCUGUGAAAGCAAUUCUCAUCAGAUGUUAAACUGAUUGGUAAAAUUAUACAAAUAGCAUUACAGGCUGCCAGUGUGCGCUGUGAAUAAAUUAAUGUGAAUAAAUUGAUGGAUUUUAGGACAACGGUUUAGGUGCUAUCUUCAUUAAGGUCCAGAGAGUCAACUACUUUUUUCCCAGGGUAUCAAAAAAAAAAAAAUCUGUCAAUGGGCAAAGAAUGGAGGGGAAGUGGCAAAGAUUGCAGUGAUUUAAUCCCUGUGACAUCUUAUUUCACGGUGACAGUCUUAAUGAAUAGCAGAGACUCAAGCUUGAAAUGAGUGAUUCUUUGUGCAGGAUGCAGCAUUGCAGGCCGGGGAAGCUUCCCUUCCUGUGAUUCCAGGCCUCCAUGUGGGCAGAGGGUGUCCACAGGCCCAGCAGGAGGCCUUCUGCACCCCUGUGAAGUUGGUCUCUAGUUCAGUAUAAAAUGAUGUUGAAGUGAGGAUGAAGGACAGAGAAAGAAGUAAAAACAUGUUUUGCAUGCAGUAAAACAUGUUAUUUGUUUGCAUGAGGUAGUGACAGAAAGACAUGUCAAUAUUUGCUUGUUUACACAGUGGUCACAACUUGUUCUGAGGGCAAAGUCUUCUUGAACCAUCACAUGACACACAGAGGAAUCAGAAAAUAGCCGAGUUUGGUAGUAUUGCUGUUCUACCGCUGAUUAUUUACCACGUGUGCGUCCACGUCACGGCUGCUAUUGGAAUGUUUGGGGCUAGCUGUGUUCUGACAGUUUACGUAUUUCUUCCGAAAACCUCGGUACGAUGUCCUUUAGUGCGCCUUGCUUCCCAACAUAGCUCAGAGUCCUGAGACAUGACAGCGUCAAUCUGUCUUUUUCCCUCACUUUAUCUCCCCUCCCACUCCCACCCUGCUGCCUCUCUCACGUAGCUCACUCCUGUUCCAUCAUUUCCUGUUGAGUCACCAGCGGAGUCAGACUGCACCAUGUUUCACAGUUUAUUGCUCCCUUCCUUGCUCUCCCCCUCCACUUUCCUGGUCGUAGAUGUCUCAGUGAUCAUUAGAAUGUCCCAGUGUGGCAUUGUAAAAGUCCUCCAGCGGAGGAGUCCAGAAGAAGUAAAAGCAGAUGUGGGAGUCCCUUCCUGGCAACACGACUGUUCACGCGGCAAAUGAAUCGGUGGAUUACAGGAUUUUCUGCACUGCUAACUUCAAUGUGAUUUGCCAACUGUGUUGAUUUAUGUCUUUGGAAAAUGUUUCCUUAUUGCGACUGGCUACUUGAAGCGGUGCUAGGAAGUGAUGCUGUAGUGAGCUGAAACCGACCUGAACAUAUUGAAGCUUCAGUACCGUAGAGCCGAGGGAUUGAAGAGGACACAUAAAGAGGAAACCCUGGGGCUCCUCAGCAGACAGAAACGUGAGUUCAAAAGGCUCGAGGAGGAACAAGAAGAAAUGUCAUGCACUCUCAGAGUCUCUCUAAGUCGUUUCAACCGCUGGACUGAUGCUAGAGUUGUUGAAGACCUUAGUGUCAUUUCGGCCAGUGGAGAAAGAAUAGAUGAAGAGCUGGAAGCAGAAAAGGGCCAAUUGGCUUCCUUGAAAGAUCAGAUUUCAAAAUUUGAGAGGAAGUUGGCAGGACAGAAGACGUGUUGGCAAACAACGCACCAUAGAAGGGAAUUAAUAAAAAACACCUGUAUCAUAGAAAGCAAACUCUACAGGGGCCGCGCCUGCCUCAAUAAGAUGAUGACCAGUAAUAGAGACUUGAGGGAGGAUCUGAAGACACUGCAGGAGGAGAAGAAACUAUUUCUACAAGUUCAGUCUCAUCUGGAAAGGGAGCUGGAGGCCAUUCACAAGGGCAUUUUGAAUUUCAGGACUAAAUGCAUAGAGGCUUUCAACGCCAGUGUGAUGAUCCAGGAAAGCCAGAGCAUGCUCAUGAACCAGAAUGCGAAGGAUGUUUUUCACUACAUUAGACAGAGGAGCAACCUGGAACAAGAAAUCUCUCAUUUCCACAACUUUGAGGUUUUCCUUGGUAGAAAGGCAAUUGUACGCAGCAACCAAGACACCGACCACAGAAAAGUGAAGCACAAGCAACUAGAGUCUAAGGAAUUGGCACCCGGCUACUUUGAGGAAGCGAUCAAAAUAAUCCUCACAAAAACUAAAGAGGUCAACCUGGAAGAAUUGGUCAGGAACUUUAUAGAAAUGGAGGAGCAGAACUACAGGCUGCUGAUAUUUGUCAACAAUCAGCACGCUGAUGAAGAGGCCAUUCGAAGGAAGCUCUCCCAGAUUGAAAAAGGCAAAGGGCUCUUUGAGGCUGAGGAGCAGCGGCGGCGUCCGGCACUUGGGAAGAAAGCUUCCGUCGAGCAAGAGACGACUGAGCAACAUCUGGCGGGUUAUCGACAGCGUGUUGAGUUCAUUGAAAAGCUCCUCCACCAGCUCAAAGAAGGUGUUGGAUCCUUGCUUCGGAUCAGCGGUGACAGCUCUGGGACCAGCAAACAGUUGGGCUCCUCUGACGGAGUCCAAGAGGAAAACACCGUGGAGAACCUGAUAAGGGUGGAGAAGAGAGUCAGCGAGCUUCUCACUCUGCAGUCACUCAUUCACUUCCAGGAAAACCUCAACCCGUGGGACAUUGAUGGUCUCACUACCAUCGCUGAGCAGCUCGUGGGGACGUCGCCCCCGGCUGACCACCAACCAACUGCUGCUGGGAUUCCUGCACCACUCUUCAGCGAUGACCCAGACUUGGUGGCGCCGUUACUGCUCGAGGCAAAGGAGCCAGUGAGCAGAGAGGAUCUCCUGACACUGGUCCAGAAGAGGGUCAGUGUAACUGAAAGGAUUUCUCAAUUUGAUUGAAAAUGUGUAUUUGGUCAGCCCUUCUCAGAUCUCAGUUAAAGUGGUUGAUUACAGCACUGAAGUUAGGAAUCUGUGGUGGCCUACAUCCAGAUAAUCAACCCUCCCGUGUUUACGUUACAGCAGUGGUGGGCCAUCGAGGCCAAAUAAGCCUUCUCUGCAGGCCUAAACAGAAUCUCAAAGUUAUAACUAUUUAAUACAUCAUUAUUUUAUAAAUACAGCCCCUAUGUCUCUAUGUAAGAGAGGCCUGGUGUCCUCUAGAUGGCUUAGCAGAUUUAAGUAUAUGGGGAUGAUAUUGUUGAUUGUCAAUGGUCUCUUAAAACCAUCAGAUCUUUAGUUUGACAUGUUGGGGUAUUCUUUGAUGUGCCACUAGUACCGAGGUAGCUUCAUCUGUACGGCCGCAUUAACAUGCACUCUGAUUGGUCAGUGGGCCAGCGUGACUUUUGUCAAUCAGAAAGUUAGCUCGCAGAUCUUAGUGUUUACUAAGAGUUCAGGAUCAACUUUGUCUGUAAACAAAAGCAGCAUUUGGUAAGUGAACUGUUUUUAAUGUUUUAUCUUCUGCAGUUUUGUGUUAAUAUGUCUGUGAUCUUUUUAUUAUAUAGUUAAUAUCGUUCCCUCGAAUCUAAAUAAUAUUUGAAUGUGUUGUAAAUAAAUGUGUCAGGUUCCUGUCAUUGAGUUAACUACAUUGAUCUGACUUUAUACAUUGUUCGUUAAUCACAUUUUGGUAUAUUGCAUAAUUAUGUACAUUUGUUUUCGGUCAGUAGUCAAUUCGAUCAAUUUAUUUUGAUUUGUUGCAUUGAAGCCUGAGCUGUUCAGAAUGCUCUCAGCUGGCAACAAACAUUCAUGGAUGUCCUGAGAUCAAUUCUGCAAACAGAGACAGG